UCCUGAGGUUUGAUCACAACGUACCAUAUCCUCUGUCACCUUGGAGGAACCGUGCCUGCACCAGUUUUGUCAUCAACAGAGCUAACAAUCUCUACAGUUUUGCCUAUUUUCAUCAGCUUGUUUGUUUAUCUGUUACAAAGGUCACAUGUUAGAUACAUAAUGGCGACAAAUGACUGCUCAUCACACACCACUCAACUUCCUCAGCCUGCGUAUCAAACUCGGGGCCAACUGAAUCGCGCAGAAGGACCUUCAAGAUUCCCAAACCGUGUGGGACGCGAGGCGGAUUGCGGAGUCCAAGGCUCAGGCUCGGCCGGCCAUGGAAGAAGGCCUUUGCCGGUUCCACCACCAAGGCAGCCUCGCAGCCGGAACCCCGGCCCGGAGGAUGUCGAGGAUGUUGUCCCGGAAGUCGAAUGGAGAACGACGAAGCCUUUGUUCUCUCUCCAAGCUUCGGCCGACGUGGCGUCUGAGCGGAUGUGCUCCUCUGCAUCAAACUAUUCCCAACCUUCCAACGACAAUUACAAUAGCUUCAAGCAGCCGGCACCUUCCUGGCCGCUGAAUCCGAUCCGACAGUCACUCAUAGAGCCCGAAAGUGAUUGGAUACCGGCGAAGAAUGUCUUCUCUCCGCGUGCCGCGCCACUCUUGCUUCCGGCAUUAGACCAGCUCAUCAAACAGAACACACCCACCGAAUUUUCCCAAUUCAAUCCUCAAGAUCUCAGUCCUCAAGAGCUGAAAAUGUGGGUAAAAACUCAACGUUCGACGGGAUUCCAUCCUCCUCGAAUAUGGCAUCAACGGUUCGGGCUGGCUUGGAUCGGUGGCAGCUGGAGAUCAAAACGGAAAUUGACCACUCAAGAAGCUGAUUACAACUCGGCCUUGGUCGAUGAAAAGGAAGCCAUUCUCAACAAUCCUUCUUCCACCCACGAUGCGGCACGCUCCCAAUCUAAUGAGAUCUUAUUGCCAAUGCAUCUCCUAGAUUCUAAACUCUUAAAGCCAAUCACCAACUCGGACGAAUCUAGCGAUAAUCCAGCCCUGACUCUAUUAAAUUUUAUCCCUGAUUUCUCUCGGACAACUCCGCACCAUCACGUUGAUCAACAACCUACUUUCUCUCAUCGUUUCUUGAUCUUAGCUCACUUGGAAAAUUUUCGCGAUUUUCUCCAAUUCAUUGGUUUACUUUUGGUAGUCCUGUACGAAUUCUACUUCUUGACGGGUGGCUGGAAAGGGCCUCCGCGAAGGAGAGCAACAUCCUCCAAAGUCGAGGAUCGACCUUCCAACUGCCGACCUGAUCAUCCGAUGUCACAAAAAAAAUCCGAAGGACACGAGCUGCCCGAGGUUCUAGUCGCCGAUAGUGCAACUGCUUCCUCAAAUUCAAUGCUCCGUUUUUUGCGAUGGAAAAAAAUUAGAAAUUGUCGGAAUACUUCCUUCUAUUCAAUCACAAUAACCCUGCUCUUGCUCUCACUCUAUGUUCCAGUCACCCGGAUGUGCAUCGACGGAUUAGUUUGGGGCAAUAAUUAUUGGCCAAUCGAGAAUGUAUAUAUCAGCCAUCAAGACCAACACAUGAGCUUGACGGAAAAUUCGCUCGGAGAACCCUUAGGAUCCUUGACCACUCCGAUCGAAUUCUGUUACAGGACUACGGUCAAAAAACACGAAUUCGAAGCCAGAGGACUCGUCCUAUUCCAGUCAAUCAUCUUGCUUUUGCUUUUCAGCUGUUGGUUCCCUUUCAGGUUUUACAAUGUGAUUGCAGCCUGUUCAGUUCAUCUUCGGAGCCGACGCGACCAAACUCAUCACACUUUGAACAAUCUUGAGUCUCGUCGAAAUUCAAGUCCAGUCUACGGAUCCAGUCUGUUAGAAAGGUUCUCCUAUUUUAAUCAUGCUUACAAACAGGACGAUAAUUGGGCCCCGGCCAGAGAUAUCAUCAGCCGAUUCUUGACGAAACUGAUCAUAAUUUUCCUCACAACCAUCCCGGUAAAGGACAACUGCAUAUUCAUCAAAAGAUGGGAAACAAGCAGAUACUUGAUUGAUCUGAUGAGGUUCUUGUUCUUGUCUUUCGCAUUUCUUUUGGUUUGGAUCUUUCAAUCAAUUUGGAAACCUUAUAGGUUCAAAUCCCUCAACAUGAUCAACGACUUGAACAUCAAAUUCUGCCUAUUCCUGGGUGUGGUCGGCUUGGGCUCAGUAUUUAUCCAUUUUCAGGAACUAUUGUUUGGAUCAAUAGUUUUAAUUUGGACUACAAUCGUGUAUCUGCUAAACAUUCAUUACCUCGCAAUCCAUUCCACGACAGCAAAGCGACUCCUCAGCAAUUUCAACCACAAACUGGAUAUCGACAAGAGUUUAUUUUCGGCUGAUUUUGAUUUUCAGAAAGAAGUGAUCCGGCGAGUUUGGCACGAAAGUCUUUGUGUAUUACUUUUGGGGAUGCCCGAUUACCGUAUUGAAGAAGGGAAGACAUUGCAAUGGCGCGAGGAGGUUCCUGGUGCACCUUACCUAGCCAAUUUCGAAGGAACUCACGGCGAGCGACUGGUCGAGAACCUCAAAUUACUUCGGGCACUCGGUGCGCGUAAGUACCGGCAAGCAAGCCAACCUGCGCUACAAAAGGAUCAAUCCGAUGAAAAAACGCUUUCUAUACAAAGGAUUAUCCGGAGUGAUUUUACUGGUCCAGAUUGUUUUUGGAAGCCGCAUAAUGCGGCGGAUCUGGAAGGCGUUACCACGUUUUUCGGACGCGCAGAUGUGAUCCCGUUCCCAUUCACGGUAAUCUUCAAGUACGACCAACGUCUAGCCCCGGUUUGUAUCUCUAGACUCGGCGACCUCCGAGCAUUUGUCGCCCAGAACCAAAACCCUCAAGUGAGGAUGAGGAGAAAAGUGCGGCUAAUAUUCCGAGCUUUGGAAAAUAAGCAAGUCUUUGCCCCGCUUUCACUACCUUGGGAGACUGUGCAGGCUAUCAAAGGAGAACGACGCCAGAGAUGGUCCCAGAGAGCUCGCUCAGAUGUCAAUUUUCGCAGCGGAGUGCUAAAGAUAUAUCGGAAUUGCCAGAAUAAGUGGCAAGGAUACAACUUCAAUUCUGGAUUUCAAGUCUCGAUUCAGUAUAAAGAUGGACAAUCAAUCAAGUCUAAUGGUUCAACCAUCUCCCGAAUCCAUCACACCAGGUUGCCGAGAUCUAUAGGCUUAAGGGAUGAUUUCAAAGUGACACCAAUGUUGGCUAAACUCUUUCAAGACAACCAUUCGAUCAUCAACACUACUCUUGAAAAAGUGGAACGUGCACUGGGGUCCCAUCGCUCUUACUUCUCGAGACAAGCAGCUUGGAAGCAGAACAGGAUGUCUUUCUCCUUCCUGGAAGUUUUUUUCCAAGGCCAAAAUCAUAUCUCAAGUAAUGCAUUGAGAUCUAAGUUAGAAUCACAUCUACUGCUCAAUGAAGUCGAUCAACAAUUAAGACGUCUUCCCCAAAUAUGUCGAGGAUCCUUACAAGUAAUGGAAGAGAGGAUGGAAAGAAUCAAUAAAAGUAAGCUAAACCAGUGGUGGUUCGUAAUAUUCGAUGACAUAUACCGAAGAAAUUAUAAGAUACUAAACAGAUUGAGUACCAAACCCGAAGAUUUUUCGCCUUAUCAUCGAGGGAGCGUAUGCUAUAAACCAAUGAUCAGAAGCGAUCUGGAGAAGUUUUUAAUGAAUAGAAACGUAUUCCAACCUGACUGGGAGCUUCAGGAUGGCGGGCAGGAUUCUGGCCACCCGGAAGGAGCCAACUACCACUCGAAUCAUUCCGUCUUCCACCCCGGAUUCUUGAAUCAACUCUACUUUCACCUCGAUUUGUUCUUAUUUAAGGAGCUCGACGAAAACGCCAAGGAAUUGAGGAAAUCCGGGAACUCUCAGGAUAACUGGCUGCCUAGAAGUAAACUUUAUCAAGGAGUCUACGAAAUCGACAGGCCUUAUCAGCGCGAUGGGAACCUUUUGACUAGACUGAAAGACGGAUUGAAGAAAUGGCUCUUGUUAGAAGAGCCCUUCCGGGCAGCGCAAGAGGAGACAGAUGACGAGGGAGACGAUUUGGAAAAGAGCGAACAAGGGACUCGACACGAUCGACAAAGUGAACAACUGAUCAAGUUGGGCCCAAUGCAAAAUUUCAGCAAACUCGACAUGCUACCGAAUCAGAUAUACAAAGAAAUGAGUGAUUAUGAUGCUGGUCAGGACACUGCUCGCAAGAAGGCGCCAGCUGCUUUCAGUGGCACUAAUUCCAAUAGUGAUCGGUCUACUUACGUCCAUUCCUCGGAAGGACAUCCUCGCGAUUGGAUCAUCAGCAGUCACGAUAGUGCAACUGGCUACGAUAUCACCGACGAUCUGGCUUGCAAUUCCAAUGACUCGACUGCCGAAACGGAUAGCACUAUCUACGGAUUUCAUUAAAAGAUUUAAAUUAAUUAUUUCUCAGACAAAUGUGUAGCUUUACAUACCGAGUGAUUGCUACAAACCAAACAAUUCCUAAUUGUAAUUCUAACGUUAACUGAGAUGACUCAAAACAUGCAGUUCUUUUUUUUUUCUUCUUUGCUUUUGAUUUUUAGGUGGCUA